CUUGUCUGUUUCUGCGGCGAGCAUCAUCAGCUCAUCAGUUAAAACACAGCCUUAUCGUAAAACAAAUCUCUCUCAAUCUGUAUCGAGCCGUGUUACCUUAGACCCACGCUGAUAAUAUAAGACUAGACCAACGUAUAAACACUGGAGCAUUCUCCUUGUUUUGUUUCACAGAGAAGCAAAUGUUAAAAUCAGACAUAGAUUGUAUUUUUCUCGGAAGGAAUAAAAAAAGUUUUUUUUGGACGUGAGGGAGUAGGUGUGAGAAUGAGAAGGUCGACAUGGACCUAAAUCGACAGAGGCAAUACCCACACUUCUCAGAUGAAGGAUGAGAUCUCAAAGAUUGAUUCUGCAGGAACAGGCUGUGAGGUAGACUGGCAUCCUUUAUAGUACGCUGUCGGGGUUUUGCAGAAUUUAAUAACAUGGCCAAGUAUUCUAUCAUAAAUAUCUUUUUUCUUGUCUUACUGACGCCUGUGAUUGGUCAGUUUUCAGUAAGUUCAAAUGUCACUUCGGACUUGGAUCCAAUAGAGGAAUCGAUCGUGAAUUCCAUUUUACGAACUGUAGGCGAGAAAUUUGAAUCCCUAAGUACCCGGAUGAGCUCAAUGGAACGUGGACUAAACACAUUGCAGUAUUAUAAUCUAAGACAGUUUCGAACCGUCAACACACACCUGCACACAUUGGACAAUCUCUUACAGAAUAUGCACGCACGCGUAGAACAACAGGAAGUGAGUGAUAGAGAGCUAGCGACGUCAGUGAUGCUUCUGAAAAGAGAAAUCAAGAACAUGGAAAUGACGAACAAAGGGAGUUUUGACAGAAUAGAAGAGCAGAUGUUGACAAUGUCUCGUGGUGUUCACCAGAAUAUAGGGAACGUUCAGAAGUCUAUCAUUAAUGCCCUGAACGAGACGGUAUCCCAGCAGGGCGAGGUGGCUAAUGUCCUCAGAGAGAUUGUAGUCUCGGAGAGGGAUAGAACCAAACAGAUUUGUUCUGAUUCUCUGCUGAAGGUAGAAACCAGAAUUGACAAUUUCCAAAAUUUGACAAUGAAUAAAAUUGCUUACCUGGAGAACGUAACAUUGAACGCUAUAGACAACAUGAAUGUGACACUAGAUUCGGUGAAUGUGGAUAUUAACGCGACAGCUAGGAGACUUCUGGAAGAAAGAUUGCAAGAAUUUAAUGACAAUGUGCUGGACUCGAUACGAUUUUAUCGACAUACAGGUGAUCUUGUCGAGCGAAUCGUGGGGGCCACAGAAACAGUGGCCGAGGAUCAGACACAACUCCGCGAGGACAUCAGACAUUUCUUGGAGGUUCAAGUUAAUUUGACAAAAGGUAACGUUCAAGACGGGAUAAAGCAGGAAGACCAAACCCUCAGUGAGAUAUCAAACAAAACUAACAAAAUAGAAAAUAACAAAUCCACGGAAAAAUCCUGUGACUUUACCUCGACUUUAAUGGAGGAAAUUCAGUUAUUGUACAGAAAUGGAUCGCAAGUUUUGGAUAUUAUUGCUGAGAUGACCAGAUCAUCUCAAAAUGAACUUAGAACAACGAUACAGCAACUCAACAAUGAAGUGUUCAAACUGCAAGAAAUGAGAAACGAAGAAGAGAAACCACAUCCGGAAAUGUUGAACGGACAACUGGAUUAUCACAUGGAGGAAAUGUCCAACAACUCGAGAGCAGUAUUCCACAUUGUGGAGGCCAUAGCCUCUAACACGGGAUGGAUCCCUUAUAUCUUCUCCAGCUUGCAAUUCCUCGAAAACCAAAUCAAUCAAACAUUACUGACAACGAAGAAGGCGUUUAAGGUCUCCUUAAUACAGGACAAAUUUAACCCCAAAGCGUCACUGGGACAGGAAGACAGGUAUACGUCUAGGCCUCAUUUGUCAGACGACCCUAAUUUGAAUGACAACAAACCUAAAAAUCAGGAGGUUGUGAAAGAUCACAGCAAAGACUCAGACUCAUCAGACGUCAUUAGUUACGUAAACCAAACGGAGGGGUUUCAGGAAAAGUUUGAUUUUGUCUAUCAGACAAACAAAAAAAUGCAUCGUCUACUUCCGGCUUUGACUCGACUGUUAGGGGAACCAGAGCCUUUUGUUGUAUUGGUGGAUGGGCAAAACGAGUACGAAGGUCGAGUGGAGAUCUAUAAGAAGGGCCGCUGGGGGUCGCUGUGUGGGCCUCUGACUCAUGUCGAGGCUUCCUACAUCUGUCGCCACCUGGGCUACCUGGGAGGCAUCGCCUCGGAGCCUGGGCAUUUUGGACAAGGAAGUGGGGUGUUCUGGGCGAUGAAUUUCACCUGUCUCUUGUCAAGGCAGUGUUCCAUAGCCCUUCCUGUCAUUGACCCCGGACCGUGCAACCACAAGCACGAUUACGGCGUCAUAUGCGAUCAUAUGAUUCGAUUAUGGUUUGAGCCAAAGGAAGACAGUGUAAUCAAGAGGAACACAGGUUUCCUUGAAAUACAUCACAGAGAGAAAUGGGUGCCCGUAUGUAGCGACACAUGGUCAGAAAACAAUAGUCAAGUCGUGUGUCGUCAGCUCGGGUACAAAGGGGGCGUGGCCAGCAGUCCUACAGAAGAGGUCAUGCCCUAUCACACAGACAUGAUCACGUUUUAUCAUAACAUCACGUGUACCGGAAGUGAGACUAGAUUAACCGGAUGUGAGAAUGGGAGGUGGAAAGCGAACGGCUGUUCAUCUAAAAUACCUGUAUUUAUACAAUGUUCAUAAGUAUUUCAUGCUUUUAAUAUUCCUGGACCACUUACAUCGCUGGAUAAACCCAGUAUUUUAUAAAACAUGUUUAAGUAUAUGUAAUUUAAGCAUGCAUUGAGUACUUCACACAUUGUAAAGAUUAUGUUCUUGGAUGCAUGCAAUGUGAUUAAUCUAUUUCAAUAUGUUGAAUUUCAUUUCCUCUAUCUCUGUAUCGGAACAGUUAUUUAUAUCUUAAUUUGUUGAGUAACUCUUCAGAAUCUUUAUUUAAUUUGACAGUGUGCUAAUCUAAUUUGUAAUGUAUUGGACAUGUCUAGAAUAAUUUAUAACGAACUAGCAAUGAUAUAAAAUACAAGUUACAUACACUCUUUUUCACUUUUCCCCUGCAUUUUAAUAUUUUGAAUUGAUGAUUGUCUAUCUUUCAUGACUGUGCCGUUUGUUAUUUUGUUAUCUUGUUCCAUUAAAGUGUAAACUGUGUGGGAGGAUGUGAGCAGCGCCCAGUAUAUUUCUGUACUCAUUCAACGAUGUUUUGAUGCUCUUCUGUCUAUAAUCCGAUAUCGUUCCUUGGAAAUUCAUCAUUCCUUUCAAUUUUUUCUUUCAACAAAAUCUAGGAAAUAAAUGCAUCUACAUGCACUGAGGAACCGAGUACAAAUUAUGCAUGAAAUUCUCAAAAGUUCACAACAUUAAAUUUAAAAAAUAAAACUAAUAAAAA